CAGUUCACUCACUUUUCUCGUCACGUUUGCACCGCACCGUCGGCGAUCCAAUUUCAAUCCAAAUGAACAUAAAAUAAAAAAAAAAACAAUAAUGACGCCUCAAUGUAAUCCAAUCUUUCAUUAUACGAAACAACCUUUAUUAACGCCGCCUCAGAAUCAGGCGACAGUUUUCGCUCAGACUCAGACUGAGCCGAGAAAGUUGCGGAAAAGUGUUCGAAAGUUUCGCGCGAAAAACCGUAUUAAAUGCGUUAUAGUAGGCGACAAACAGGUGGGAAAAACUUCUUUAGCUGUGUCGUAUAGUAAUGAUAGUUUUCCUAGCGAAUAUGUACCCACUGCUUACGAUAACUAUAAUGUGGACGUACUAGUCGAUGGAAAACCAAUUAGACUGGAAAUCUGUGAUACAGCCGGAGAGGAUAACGUCGGUGGACCACUCAGACGUCUCUGCUAUCCAGGCGCUGACGUUUUCAUGCUCUGUUUCUCAGUGGUCAACCCUUCAUCAUUCAAAUCAGCUUGGGAACGAUGGGCAGAUGAACUAACCAGACUCGGAGUACCCGUGGUACUUGUUGGUUGCCAAGCUGACUUAGUCAACGACUUGGAGGCUUUAAAUCAUCUCAGACGACAAAGACAAGCAACAGUUCCUUUGAAUCGAGCCAGAGAGCUGGCAAGGAAACUCAAUUCCACGUACGUGGAAACUUCUGCGAAAACUUGCAAUCAUCUUAAGGAGGCUUUUGAUGAAGCUAUAAUUACUGCUUUGAAGCGGAGGCACGAAAACGAGAGGAAGAAAUGGUGGACAAAAUUGUGUUGUUGGAAGUAACAAUAGAUUUUCAUAAUGAUGAAAACAUUAAUUUGUAUUAAAAGUGUGAUAUAUUUUUUUUUGUAUAUUAUGUAUUUGCGUCCGUAUAUGCUUAAAUUUAUAUUGUCUGAUGAAUAUUCAUUUGAUAGUCAAAAUUUUAUCUCCAUAUAUUGCCCCAUUAAACAAGUUUCAGGAAAUAUCUUGUUGGCAGUUAAAUUUUUGAAUUUAUAAUCUUGAACCAUUAUUAGCAUUUCUUCGAAUUAAUUUGUUAGUUGGACCAAUUUUUGUAUUUUUCAAAAAUUUAUGAAGUAGACUUUUUUAAACGCAUAUAUUUAAUAAGGUCAUCUUCAGAACAUUACCUAUUAUAUCAUGAAAAAGUACCUACAGUAAAAUGUGGUUAAAUAUUUACAAGAUAAAAUCAUGGCCUACUUGGAUGUUUUUGAAAUAAGAUAGGCGUUUUCAUUUUUAAGCUUGCUCCCAGACAAUAAUCUUUUUAAUAGCUUUAUAAUAUAAUUAUUUUAUUAUUAGUAUUUUUUAAUUAUAAAUUUAAAUUUAUGAUGGAUUUAAUUUAAUUAGUAUCGGUAAAAUGAUAUGGGGACUGAUGACAAUUUUUUUUACAAAUAUUUGUAUAAUAAAUUAUUGUAUUUUGACAUGUGAUUUUUGCUCAUAUUUAUAUAAGUAUGUAAUCUUCCAUUAUUGCAUGUGAUAUGUUUUAAGUUUGUUUAUAAUAAUUUUUGAAAUCAAAUUGUAAAACUUAAUUAUUGUGUGUUUAUUAAGAAACCUUUUUUAAGUCAAUUUUCAUCUUUUACUAAAUCCUUUUAAAAUGCUCUUGAAAAGGGUUUUGGAACGUUCUAGAUGGCUUAUUGAAGUUCUAAAGUGUUGCAACUUGGCUUGAAGAGUUCUGGAGCAUUCUAGAAAAUUUUCUGUAAUUUAUAAUAAACAG